CCAUAGCCACAUGAUUUGAAAACAUUAUAUACCUUCUGCUAAACGUCAGGCUAAUUCUUCGUCGCGAUAAAUGGCGGAAUAUUCGAGUGUAAAAUCAACAAAGCUCGUUCUGAAAGGACAAAAUAAAGGGAAAAAACGCAAGAACAAAGACAAGAAGAAAAAUGCAGACGACGGGGCAAAACUUGAUGUUGUUGGUGGUUGGUGGGCUGUCAGUACAUUUAAUGAAAUCACCGGAACGGUUGCCAUAGAGAUGCAGAACAACUCUUACAUCCAUGCCCUGGAUACUGGUCUCUUCACAAUUGGACCACCACAUAAUGAUGACGAAGGCCCAGACCCACCAGAGCAAUUUACAGCCAUCAAGGUUUCUGAUUCAAGGAUCGCCCUUAAGUCUGGAUAUGGCAAGUACUUGGGUCUCAACUCAGACGGACUGGUGGUGGGUCGGUCUGAUGCUAUCGGUGUCAGGGAGCAGUGGGAGCCCGUCUUCCAGGAUGGGAAAAUGGCUCUCCAGGCAGCGAAUAGCUGUUUCAUCUCCUACAGCGACAGCGGGGACAUCGCCGCCAAGAGCAAGACAGCAGGGGGCGACGAGAUGUUGAAGAUCAGAUCCAAUACGGAACGAGAGGUCAAGCAUAAAGACAACCUGGCAGAUGAGGACCGGGGGAACGUCAAGUCCUGCGAGCUCAGUUAUGUGAAAAAGUUCCAGAGUUUCCAGGACCAGCGACUCCGGAUCAACGAGGAGAACGCCACCUCGCUGAAAAGAGCCAGAACUGAUGGGAAGUUUCAUGAAACUCUACUGGACAGGAGAAGCAAAAUGAAGGCGGACAGAUACUGCAAGUGAAGCCUGAGCCCUCUGCAUCACAGCUGUGGAUCUCACUUGUUUAUCUGGUGUCAGACAUUUUAGAAAUUCUGUUUGCUAUUUUUAAUAAAGUCGGCCAUUGG